CAAUCUGCAGGUCAGUGCCCUCGGCCAAGGCCCCCGCCCACACUGACCAUUGGCCGCAGGUGAAUGCAAACAGCCACUGUAACCCUGGGUGUACUGACUCCCACACGCUGCCUGUGGCCGGCACUGAGAGACCAUGACUACCCCCAGGGACCGAGCUGUGCUCCACACUAUCCUCGACCCCAACAACCCCUUCGGACACGAUCCCUGGUCCGAAACAGAGCACGAACUGGUCGAUGACGACAGCAGGUUUGACCCGGUGCUCGUGGAUCAGGCGAAGGAUCUGGAGCUCCGUGGAGUGGAACUGGCAGAGUCCGGCCAUCUCGCCUCUGCUCUGGGACUGUUUGACCAGGCUGUCUCCAUCAUUCCCCAACGCCCAUCCGCUUACAACAAUCGUGCACAAGCUCUGCGGUUGAAGGGAGACACAGCAGGGGCUCUGAGUGACCUGGACAAGGCAGUGGAGCUGAGCGGAGGCAGAGGGUGGACAGCCAGCCAGGCCCUGGUCCAACGCGGUCUACUCCAUCGGCUCUCUGGACACGACCCCGAGGCUCUGCGGGAUUUCCAGCAGGCGGCGGGUCUGGGUAACGCCUUCGCCAGGAAGCAAGUGACCCUCAUGAACCCGUACGCAGCGCUGUGCAACCGCAUGCUGUCCGAGAUGAUGGCCAAUCUCCAGAACCCCCCACCGUCCGUGUGAAGGGCCGUGUAACACUGGGGCAAGAAUCAAUGAGAUACCAUCACUCCCCAUCAGUUAACCUGCUCUGACAUAAUUUGCUGUUCUUUGGCUCAUGAUAUCAUGCGUUGCGAUGCUUCCUCCCUCCACAGCUGCUGAUAAAUUCACACUUGUUGUUCCUUGAUCAGAAUUAGCUCCAACAGAAUUAUCUCCCCAUUGUUGCCUGUGUAGGUGGAGGUUAUAAUAUUCACCCUGCUCACUAACUGGAAAACAACACUCUAUCGCUGGUUAACAAAACCUGUUAGGAUCCUAACUUAUCACUGGUUACCAGAUCCUAUGACCAUUGUGUGAUGGAACCUAGUUCUACAAGUUGUCAAUUCAUGUUGGUUAUCCAAGCCUUCUCUUAGUUAUUAAUAGACUGUGCACAAGAGAAGCAUCUGUUGCUACUAGUUACCAUGUUGUUUAGGAUGAGUCUAAUCCUGUACACUCUCAUCACACAGGGAGUCUGCAGUUGCCCUAAUGAUAAACAAUGUUAGAAUGAGGUCCAUCCCUCUACGCGAUUCACACAGGACAGUGUUACAUCACCACGGAUGCUGCCUGACCCACUGAGUUACUCCAGCACUCUGUGAAACGUCACCUAUCCAUGUUCUCCACAGAUGCUGCCUGACCCACUGAGUUACUCCAGCACUCUGUGAAACGUCACCUAUCCAUGUUCUCCACGGAUGCUGACUGACCCGCUGAGUUACUCCAGCACUCUGUGAAACGUCACCUAUCCAUGUUCUCCACAGAUGCUGCCUGACCCACUGAGUUACUCCAGCACUCUGUGUAACGUCACCUAUCCAUGUUCUCCACAGAUGCUGCCUGACCCACUCAGUUAUGGUGCAGCAGCAUCUAUGGAGCUAAGGAAAUAGGCAACGUUUCGGGCCGAAAUCCUUCUGGAAAUAGGCAACGUUGCCUAUUUCCUUAGCUCCAUAGAUGCUGCCUGACCCGCUGAGUUACUCCAGCACUCUGUGAAACGUCACCUAUCCAUGUUCUCCACAGAUGCUGCCUGACCCGCUGAGUUACUCCAGCACUCUGUGUAAAUGUCCAGGCUGCUCAGCACCAGAGAGUGGGAGGAUUGAAUUAUUGCUUCCAGCAGGGUCAGGAUGGGCAAGUGAUUAUUUUCCACGUUGCAAAGACUUUAUGCGGGAAGGUUGAAGCUUGGAUUUACAAUAAAUAUCUUUCUGUUCUCUAUUUGUAAAAUAAAAUCUUGUUUACUUACAA